CAGAGCCGUCUCGUGUCCCCUGGACCAUCUGGGAGCUCACCUCCAUCCCCAUGGCUUCGCAAGGCGUGGACCCGAGAGGGCUGGGAGAUGAUGAGCUACACUGCCUCCUCAGAGAGCUGGAUGAAGUGAUUGAAGACUUUGAUAAUGGCAGCAGCAGCAGCUGUCACUAUGAGGAACAUCUGGAGGAGCUCAAGCAAAGGAAUGGCCUUGGCCUUGGCGUCUAUGACAGUGGCAUCGAUGAAGCUGAGAGUGCCAACCCAUCUCCAGGGAGCAGCUUAAACACCAGCGAGGAAAACAUUCACAUGCCAGCAACUUCUUCCAUUCCCAAAGCUAAGCUUGGAGACACGAAGGACCUGGAGGAUUACAUCGCCGACCUCGACAAAGAGCUGGAGGAAAUGUGAGCCACAGCCCUUGGGCACCCGGUGGAGGCCCCCAAGGAGUACUGCUGUAGCCGUGCCUGCCUGUGUGAACGCCCCAUGGUUCUCUCUUUGUGGCCUUCCUCGGAAGGCCGGAGGCCAAAACCUAAGGGCCAAG